AUGUCAUUAAAGCUCUAUAGGAUUAUUUACCACAAUGAAAAAUAUGAGGGUGAAAAAGUAUUCAACGAAUUUAACCCAUAUGCCAUUAAAUUAGAUAAAAUAUCUAAAAAUCAACAAAAGCAAAAUGACAAUCCUGUCAUCACAGAUAAUAAUAAUGAAUUAACAAAUUUGCACAAAUUAAUAAAGACUGCUGAAUAAAAGAAGCGCAAUUAAUCUCAAGCUUCUGGUCCAAAACCUAGAGCAUAGAUCAAUAAAACUUAGAUAAAUCUCAACAUUAAUAACUUCAAAAUGUCAUUCAGAUCAUUAGGUAAAUAUGUAGUUCAACAAGAUAACUAGUUCAACCGAGGUUAGGAAAAAAAUUACUCCUAGAAUAUCAUCAAUGAACUUAAGUAACCGAACUUGAGGACGAUUGGACGAGACCUUUAUGAACUAGAUGCCUAAAGAGAACUAAUGCAAAGGGUUGAUAAGCUAUCUGAUAAAGCUCACAUCAAAAUUUAGAAUAGCGAUUUUUAUGACGGGAGAACAGGGAAGCCUAUGAGAAUGAGUGAUUUAGCUGACCUAAAUCUAAAUGAACCUGUAACAGAUUAUCAUUAACUUCAGAGCAACAGUAUACUACACAAUGAUGAUUUUAGAAGAGUUAAAAGAGGAGAUAACUCAGCUAAGUUAAAUAAGACUAUAGAUAGCACGGUCAACUAAAAUAGAGAUGAAGCAUUUUUCACUAGAAGCUACAUCAGAUCAGCCUUUGAUAACCAGAUUUAAAUUAAGUAUGAAAAGAAAUAAAAAACAGAGCAAGAAUUGUUAAAAGAGAGUUACAGAUAGUAUAAUCAAGAAAGUAAAGAUGUGAUUAGAGAUUAUUUCCUCCCUUAAGUAAGGGAUCUAGAUGAUUUUGCUUUUGAAUAAAAGAGAAGAGAAGAAUAAGAAAAGUCAAAAAAUAUGCACUUGCUUAAUAAUGUGAUGAGAGAAAUAUAUUAUGACUAAGCUCCACCACUUGAUAAGGGUUUUCAAAGCGACAAAGGCCUCCAAUCUCUUCAUGAGGGGAUUGUUAAAUUGGAUGCUGAAAAACUAGUUCCCUUUCACCCUCUUUUUAAGAAAGUUUCACUUUUAGCUGUUAAGGAACUUCUUCUUUACUGUAUGUUAAUUAGAGUAAGAGUAGGACAAACUCUCUAUAAAUAGAAUGAUGAUUCGAAAAGCACAGCUUUUAUUGUACUUUAUGGCAAAUUUCUCUUGCAUCACUCUAAAUAUGGAGAAAUAGGACUAGUCACAACUGGAGACUCUUUAGGUGAGGAGGGUAUAUUUGAAAAGAAAGGAUUGGAUAUGAUAGUUUAUAGAUAAGAAAUGGCGACUGCUUAAGAAGAAUCAUUUAUAUUAGAAUUCACUCAGCUCUCAAUGGAAAAGAUAAAAGAACAACUUUUCAAAGCCAAAUUGCAGAUUGAUUGGUUCACCAUUAAUAAUGCACUUAAGCGAGGUUGGGUUUAAAAAAGAAGUUGGAGAUAGUUUAAGGAAUAAGAAAUUUCUGUUCGUGAUAGAAUCCUCUGA